AUGAAGAUAUGGCACGCAGCUCCGAGGACACAGUACGCCACACAGACGGGCGUAUCCAGGACAUCAACUCGGAAGGCCCAACACAGAGUGUCACGGAAGCGCUACAGAGCUCUGGCCAGCGAGGAGCGGGAGCAUUUCAAGCAUUCAAAUUUGGACAAACGAGUGGUACUUUUAUCAGAUAGUUUCCUUUUACGCGACGUCGAUAUCUGCUUAGUAUCCAUGCCAUACAUCAAUGGAAUGGAUUUAACGCAUUUCAAAUACGGCGAUGGUGGACUGGAGCUCUCGGAGCUGGCACACAUCUACCGACAAGUGGGUAUUGCUCUGGAUAUGAUGCACAACGCCGGAGUUGUGCAUCUCGACAUAAAGCCGGAUAAUAUCCUGCUGAUCAAAGAAACAGACAUACUGAGAAAAGGUAUGAGAACUCAACUCCGGAAACGGAAAAUCACUCCGAACUCCGGAAAAUCAGGAUUUGCCUUAUAUCGAUCCCGUCGCAAAAUCGAAGAAGAACAUUUCCGGUACGUGCUAAUCCCGGCUUUGAAGAUAAUCUUGAGCGGAUCGAAUACAGGAGUUCUUCAAGCCGCCAUAAUCGAGUUCCACGAUAUCAUU